CCGGGCCAUGAGGCGGAGCGGAAGCGGAGUGCGAGGGACGAGAAGAGUAGAAUCUCCACAAGCUGGAAAACCAAUCUGGUCCCUGAUUCCCAGCCCCGGCCUUUCUCCAUCCCGACCUGGAGGCUGCUUCGCAAGCGCAGGACGCAGCUGACGCCGGCUAAUCAGCUUUCGCUGCGCCGCCCUAGCUCGGGAGCCCGUUGGCGGCGGCGACGGUGACUAGAAGCCCACAGGCAAGUUUUACAGAGUUAACUAAGUUGGAGGCAACCUUGCUGAAGAUGAAGAAUAUACAGUAUUAAAGGAGGAGGAGGAAAUUUUUUCUUUUUUCUUUCAAAAGUCUUGAUUGUUUGGUGGUUUGCGUCUAGUUACCACUUUCAGCUGAGUCUGUUUGCUUCAUCAGAAAUGAUUUUUACAAUCUCAAGAAAAAAUAUGUCCCAGAAAUUGAGUUUACUGUUGCUUGUAUUUGGACUCAUUUGGGGACUGAUGUUACUGCACUAUACUUUUCAACAACCAAGACAUCAAAGCAGUGUCAAGUUACGUGAACAAAUUCUAGAUUUAAGCAAAAAAUAUGUUAAAGCUCUAGCAGAGGAAAAUAAGAACACAGUGGAUGUUGAGAAUGGAGCUUCGAUGGCAGGAUAUGCGGAUCUAAAAAGAACAAUUGCUGUCCUUUUGGAUGACAUUUUACAACGCUUAGUAAAGCUCGAGAGCAAAGUCGACUAUUUUGUUGUGAAUGGUUCAGCACCCAACACUACCAAUGGCACGAGUGGGAAUCUGGUGUCAGUAACCACAAAUAAACGGAUAACCGCGCAGGGCAGCAUUAGAUAGCAGGUGAAGAUCACCUAGGGCCGCUCCACCCACCAUAGAGUAUAUCCUACGGCAGAAAAGCUUUGAAGUCACUUACUAGGACAGAGUAAUACUUUACAGUAAAAGCUCUAUGCAUUUU